AUCAUAUGUUUUCCACAUACUGUUAUAAGUGUUAACAUUCAUACACCUGCGAACUGUUUAAGGCAGUGCAGACUCAUCGCCGAAAAAAUCUCCAUCAAAACACCGUUUUAUUCUUAUCGUGGAGGACUACGCGGGGGUUAAUUUUGCGAUUGUUUGACGUUAUAUCGCGUGAGCUCUCUCCUUCAAUAUGAUUAUAACGUUGAAAAACUUACAACAGCAAACAUUCACGAUAGAGAUCGACUCGUCGCAAACUGUCAAAGAUCUCAAGGAGAAGAUUGAAAUGCAGAAAGGCUUCCCCGCCGAACAUCAAAAGUUAAUAUACGCUGGGAAAAUAUUAGCGGACGAGCAGCCUUUAACAGAAUAUAAUAUCGAUGAGAAGAAAUUUAUAGUUGUUAUGGUAACAAAGCCUAAAGCUGGUGCUACACCUAAAACAAGCGAAGAACAGCGCGCGGAAGGCGAUAAGAAGGAGGAGUCCACUAGUUCAGCAACUACACAACCUAGUUCAAACCUUAAUAUUCAGGAUACUACACGAGCAGCUAGUAACGUGCAAGAGCAACCCGCGGCAGCUGCGCCAGCGGCUGGUCAAGCAGAAAGUGCCUUGCUAAUGGGAGAGGAUUAUAAUACUAUGGUAAACAACAUCAUGGAUAUGGGAUACGAACGUGAACAGGUUGUACAGGCGUUGCGCGCAAGUUUUAACAAUCCUGAUAGAGCUGUUGAGUACCUCCUAACGGGCAUACCAGCGCAACUCUUUGAGGACCCACCCGAAGAUCCCCCAGAAGCUCAAGAACAACUUCAGGAUCAGAGUCAAGAUCCGUUGGCCUUUUUGCGUUUGCAACCACAAUUUCAACAGAUGCGUCAGGUCAUUCAGCAAAAUCCACAGCUGCUGAACAAUCUUCUUCAACAAAUUGGUUCCACUAAUCCUGCCCUCUUACAACUCAUUUCUCAAAAUCAGGAAGCGUUUGUACGCAUGCUCAACGAACCUGUGGAACCUGCUGCGGGAACGGGGGCGCGUGUUUUACCAGCGUCCGGAGGAGGUGUGGCACCUGCGACUGCAGCUGCAGUGGGAGGUGCUGUAAACGGUGGAGCUGGCACGGGUGCAGCAGCGGGCGUAGGAUCUGGUUUAAUACAGAUAACACCACAGGACAGAGAUGCUAUCGAGAGGUUGAAGGCGUUAGGUUUUCCAGAACAUUUAGUCGUGCAAGCGUACUUUGCCUGUGAAAAGAACGAAAAUCUUGCUGCUAACUUCCUACUUUCGCAAAACCUCGACGACUGAAUCACUCGCAUUACUGAUUUUGCGCGUUUACGAAUAAAGAAGAACAGGACUGAUAGAGGGUGGAUAAUCGCACCAUUAUCAUUUUUAUCUUUACAAUAAUCAUCUUUAUUUUGUAUAUAGAUAUACACAAUAUCUAUGCUAUUUUAUUUGUUGUAGAUAAAAUCCUGGUGUGUUUGGUAAGCGAUCAAAUCUGAAGAUAAGCGCGUUACCAUAACAUUGCAUAUGUCAACUCUUUUAAGCAUUGUUUCAUACUUCAAAACAUGAAAAAAAAACAUUUCAUUUAAUAUGUAACACAUGUUUAUGAGAGAAAGAAUUGUUGCUUAUAGCAAACGGUGUUAAAAAAUCCAUCCUUACAGCCUACAAGUGCUCUAAGAUCUUAUAUUUCUUAUAUAUAUAUAUAUAUAUAUAUAUAUAUAUAUAUAAGGGAAAUAUAAAUUACAUUUUUAUAUGAGAAAGCCUUACAAGCCUUACUCUGCAGAAAAAUAUCUUGCAGCAUUUACGUAUUGAGGAUUGGACAUAUAUAAAUUGAAGAUGUGUUCACUCUUGCAUAUUAAGAUAUGUUUUAUACAUAUCUAAAUGUUUGCGCAUAUAGGUAUGAUAAGUAUAUUUGUACAUUUCCUGGCUUUCUGAUAUAAAAAUUACAAAAUGUAUCUGUUUGGGCAUGUGUACUUGGAUAUAUUCGUAUUUACGUGUGUAUGUAUAGAUUUUCUACUUGUAAAUGAUAAUAUUGGAAAACUAAUUUAAAUGUUAAAAAGCUUUCUUGCAUGUCACAAUUCAGUAAAUUGUAAUGGUUGUAAAAAGAGAGGUAAUUUUUAUCAUAGACAAGGGCUGUGAAAAGUUUUGUGAAUGAACACAUAACAUUGGAAAGAAAAAUUAUUUGCAUGAUUCUGUUAUAUGCGUCAUUUUUUAUGUCAUCGGAGAAAUUUUAUUUCUUUCUAACAAAUUGUUUUAUUUUGACGGUAAUGAGAGUAAACGUUAUUUUGAUACUUUUAAAAAAUAAAAAAGUUACAAAAUUACUAUUAAAUGUCUUAUAAAAAGAAUUAUUAUUUGCAUCAUCAGUUUGCAUAAAUGUCAAACGAUAACUUUUCAAAAUAUUUGACAUGAUAAUUUCCUAAUUCUUCCAGUAUUUUAAAGCAUCAAAACAAUGUUUACUCUCACUGUCACCAAAAUAAAACAAUUUGUCAGAAUAAAAUUAUAUUUCUCUGAAGACUGUAUAGAAGUUGAAGUAAUAAAAUUACAUAGUUUUUUUUUCACAGCGUUAUCUACGUAUUUAUUCACAAAACUUUUCCAACAACCCUCAUAUGUAAUUUCUUAAUUUAUUCUUGACAAUAAUUCAAUACAAAUAUUACUUAAAUUUUUAUUAAUAGUGAGCAUUUUGCUUAUUUGUUGAAAUUCGUAAAAUAGUUGAGCUAUUAUUGAAUAAUCUUGAAAUUAUAAAGCCUGAAAUAUUGUUACAUAGAAUAUGUAUACUAGAAUUUUAUUAAAAAUUAAACCUAAGAUAUGAAACGAAUUAUUAGAAACUUUCAAAUAUGACAUGCCCGAUGGUUUUUUUUACAGAAUAAAACGAUCUAUUUUUGGUACAAGGAAUGAUUCAAUUUGCAUGCCACUUAAUGACAUACAUACGUAUGUACGUAUUUAUACAUGUUACACAAGUAGGAAAUUCUUAAUUCUUAAAUUUGUACCAUACAGUUACUUAUUAAUAUCAUUGAAACGAUAAUAAAUAUUGAAAAAAAUUUUCAUCGCUCUUACAUAUAUUUAGUGCAAGAACAAUAUAAAGGAUUAUUCAUUGGAGAGUUGUAGUAACAAUGCAUAAAAUUCCAAUCUGUGUGUGUGUGUGUGUUUAUUAUGACUCGAAUUUUAUCCCUCCCUUUUUUAUAAAAAUAGAGAAAUUAUUAAUAGAGAAGAGCUGCUGUUAAAACAGAACACAUUCUCUGUUGUGUGUUCAAUACACUUGUAAUACAUAGUAUAAAUGAAUAAAUUACGAUUUCCACAAA